UCGGGCAGUUAGAUCAGAUGGCGUUCGGAUGUGCGCGGAUUCCUAAACGACGCCGUCAAAAUAAUAAUUAUAACGAUGGAUUCGCAUUCCCCGUGUUGAAGCUCCGAUACAUUAGGCUCUACCGAGAGUGAUUCAGAUUAGCGACGCCACGGCUGUUAUGGUCGGCUUUAAUAAUCCCUUAACUUAGAUAGAUCACGCGCGUCCACACGAUAGUCCUUCGAAUCAUAGAAAAUGUCUACUUCCAAUAGUGAAAAUAGCCCCCUUCUAGGUCCGGACAAACCUACGGAGGAUAGCGCCUCGAUACGAUCCGCUUCGAUCCGAAAACCUCCGACCGAAGAUGGCGAAGAAGACGGACCAUCGUCUCCACCUGAAUUCGGAAACAUCGAGGACGACGUUCUACCCGAAGAAUCCGUCUUAGGUCGGAAUAUUGAUUGGAAGAGUGCAUAUAUCAUUGCGAUUUCUCGUGUCAUCGGAAGCGGCAUCUUUGCGGUCCCCGGUGUCAUCUUGACAUCCGUCGGAAGCAUCGGACUUUCGCUUUCGCUAUGGAUUCUCGGCGCUAUCGUCGUGGCAUGCGGACUAACCGUCUCUCUUGAGUAUGGUUGCAUGCUACCACGAUCCGGAGGCGACAAGGUGUACCUCGAGUUUACAUAUCCUCGACCGCGAUUUUUCGCAUCGACUAUGGUCGCAGUUCAAGCGGUACUCCUGGGUUUCACGGCGAGCAACUGUAUCAUCUUCAGCCAAUACGUCCACUUCGUUUUCGACAUCGAGACCCGAGACUUUUCGAAGAAAGCCCUAGCGACCGUGCUCCUCACCGUUAUCACUAUCAUCCACGGCGUCUGGUAUAAGGCUGGUAUUCGCAUCCAGAAUUUUCUAGGAUGGGUCAAGGUCGGACUAGUCAUAUUCAUGGUAUUUGCAGCUCUCUACGUGGUAAUAUUUAGACCUGAAAAGCAGGAUGCGGAGAUUAGGCCGAAUACAGUGAAGUCUUGGGAAGGACUAUGGGAGGGAAGUGAUUGGAAUCUGGGAACUAUCGCGACAUCGCUGUUCAAGGUCUUCUACUCCUACGCUGGCCUGUCAAACCUGAACAACGUCAUGAAUGAGGUUAAGGACCCUGUCAGGACGCUAAGAUCAGUUUCGCUCACGGCUCUCGUCACUGCUUGCUUCCUUUACUUGCUAGCCAACCUGGCUUAUCUUGCAGUGGUACCAAUCGAGGAGAUCAAACAGAGCGGCCAACUAGUCUCGGCUCUGUUUUUCGAACGCACCUUUGGCCCAAAUAUCGGCAAGAGGCUUCUUCCUCUGGCUGUUGCACUAUCGGCAGCAGGCAACGUCAUGGUAGUUACAUUUUCAGUUUCACGUCUAAACCAGGAAGUUGCUCGCGCUGGCUUUCUCCCGUUCUCGAAAUAUCUAUCCUCGUCGAAACCUUUCAACGCACCAAUGGGCGGACUUAUCGUACAUUAUAUCCCUUCUAUCCUUGUCAUAAUUCUCCCACCGUCGAGCGAAGUCUAUUCCUUCAUACUGGAGGUGGAGGGAUACCCUGGUCAAGUGUUCGCACUCGCUACCUCAAUCGGACUUGUUUGGUUGCGAUAUAAACGACCGGACCUUAAGAGACCAUUCAAAGCAUGGUUGCCAGCAGUCUUCUUCAGAAUUCUGUUGUGUUUCGCUUUACUCGCGGCGCCAUUCUUUCCGCCGUCGCAUCCGAAGCCCGGCGGCCUUUUCUACGCAACUUAUGCCAUUGUUGGCGUCGGCAUACUUGCAUUCGGGGUGCUAUAUUGGUUAGUAUGGACAGUUCUAUUACCCCGACUCGGACGAUAUAGAUUAGAAGAGAAGCAAGACGUCCUAGAUGAUGGGACAGCUAUCACUGUGCUGACCAAGGUACCGUAUGUUGAGUAAUCUUACCGAGCAUUUAACGACAGGAUGUAAUGGGACACAAUGGGACGCAAUACGCAACAAGUAUUGUGCAA